AGUUGACUGGAUUAGGUUUGUUGUAAAAAGUCACUCAUACAUCUAAACCCAAGCCAGGGAUUGUAAAAGCAAGGUCUAUUUCUUGCUGUUUGAAGAUAUCUUGGUGAUCUGCUUUGAUUUAUAUUUGUUCAGUUGUUAUUUUUAGAUUCAGAAAACAGGUGAUGGGCGUGUACAUUUUGCAAGAAACUGGUCUAAGCUACUAGCGGAGUGUCAUGAGUUUUGCUGUGACAGGACAACUUGUAGCACUGCGCAUGUGGAGUUGAUUGUCUCUCAAACCCCUGCAUGAAGUCAUAGGAGCGACUGUGCAGUAACUUUUCACUGGUUAGAGGAAUAACUGACUGCUCAGACCAUGGGAGUUGCAAACUCAAGAGACUAUCAACCAACGAUAACAGUUGUGCUGAAAAGACGCAAUGAGCCCCUGAAGAAAGAUAAGCCCAAGUGGAAAAGUGAAUAUCCUAUGACAGAGGGCCAGCUGCGCAGUAAAAGAGAUGAAUUCUGGGACACGGCCCCAGCUUUUGAUGGCCGUAAAGAGAUCUGGGAUGCACUGAAAGCUGCAGCUGUAGCGAUUGAAUGUAACGACCAUGAACUGGCGCAGGCUAUUGUAGAUGGAGUCAGCAUCACACUGCCUCAUGGGUCCCUUAUGGAGUGCUAUGAUGAACUGGGGAACCGCUAUCAGCUCCCUGCAUACUGCUUGGCUCCUCCAGUCAACCUGGUGUCCAAGUGCAACGAUCAUAAUGUGUCUGAAAACUCUGAGCUACAGGAGAAGAAGGAGUUCCAGCUGAGGGUGCGUCUCUCCAGCGGAAAAGACCUUCGCCUCAGCGCCACGAUGGCCGAUUCCAUUCGUCAGCUGAAAAAACAGCUUCAAAUUCAGGAAGACAUUGAUACUGCCCACCAGCGCUGGUUUUUCUCUGGAAAGCUACUCACGGAUAAAACACGUUUACAAGACACCAAGAUCCAGAAGGACUUUGUAAUACAGGUCAUUGUUAGUCAGCCCAUUGUUCCCAACUAAACACAAAUCUUUGAACUGGGACUCAAUGAACUCAAACCUAUGUUUUCAUUAUAUAAAGUCACUGAUCAGGUGUGAGUUUCAGCACUUGUGCUUUUUAAAUAUUAAGCACAAACAUUUCUUCCAGAAAUGUCUACUUUCUUGAACCUAUGAGGAGCUGAAAAGGUCAAAUAUACAUGCAUAUAAGCAUGUGUAAAACAUUAAUAUAGUUCCACAGCAAUUGGGGAGUA